AUGGAUCCCGCCGCGGCGCCCUUUUCAGCCGUCGUGCCCCUUCUCUAUUACACGUACCCGGCCGCCGUCUUCCUCUUCUUCCUUGGCUCCUCGCUGGCCUCGGUAUGCACUCUGCAGCGUCUCAAGGAUGACCCGGGCGCGCCCACGCAGCGCCCCGGCCGCCGCUCCGUCCUCGGCAUUCUCGGCACCUUCGUCCUGACCUACCUGGCUCAACUAGGCACUCUGCUCAGCUGGCUCUCGGAGCCCAAUCGCUCCAUUGGCUACCCCCUUUACGGCUCCUGGCUGCUGGCACUAGCCUUCGAGGUCGCCAUAACCACCUUUGCCGCCGUCAAGGUUGACUCACCUUGGCACGCCAGGUAUGAGAUAGCCGAGACGUCCUUCGCUGCCGCCAGGUGCGUCUUGCUGCUGCUACUCGGCGCCGCCUCCUGGAGGGCCCUCAGCGCUCGACGCGCACCGGCCGCCUCGGACGAGGAGCAUCAGUCGUUGCUUCCCAAGUCGUCUGGACAUGCUGGCGAGUACAAUUGGGAGCGUCGCGAAAGAGAGGCGCGCCAGGUCAUGGAGAAGCGGCUCAAGGAAGGUGGAAACUGGUUCCAGUAUUCCAAGGGCUUCAUGAUUCUCUUCCCCUAUGUCUGGCCAGUGGGUAAUUACGCUCUGCAGCUCCGCGCCGCCGGCGUCGUGCUCUGCCUUCUCGGAUCCAAUGCCCUGCAUGUCCUCAUCCCUCGGCAAACAGGCAUCAUCAUGGACAGCUUGGGCGGCAGCAGCUCAGCGAACACCUGGCUCGCCGUCGUAUUUUUCGCCUUCUUGCGGCUCGCCUCGUCGGAGGCCGGGAUUGAGCUUGUUCGUCAACGGCUGUGGAUCCCAGUCAAAUACUACGCCCACGACUCCAUCAGCCGCGCCGCUUACUCCCACAUGAUGCAUCUUUCGGCAGACUUCCACGACUCCAAAAGCUCCUCGGACAUGAUGUUGGCCAUCUACGGCGGAACCGCCGUGUCCAACGUUGUGGAGAACAUUUUACUGCAAGCCGUGCCGAUGCUCAUUGACAUGUGUGUGGCAAUCAUGUACCUGUCCGUUACCUUUGGCCCGUACGAAGGCCUCACCACGGUGGCGACCGCCACCAUCUUCUUCAUGAUGGCCAGCCGGCUCGUGGCCGAGUCCAAAGCUGCGAGCCGGAAAAGGGUCCACGCGAUCUACCAGGAGCACUACAUUCGUCAGUCAGGCUUCCAGGGCUGGCAAACCGUCAGCUCUUUCAACCAGAUUGGCUACGAGGACAACCGACACGCCGACGCCGUGACGAACCGCUGGCUUAACGAGCAGCAAUAUCUCCAGAGCUGGGGCGUCUCCAUCGCCUUCCAGACCAUGAUCCUCACCUGCGGCCUGCUGGUGAGCGCCUUCUUGGCAGUGUCGAGGAUCAGGAGCGGACACGCAACCCCGGGUCAAUUCGCCAUGCUUAUAAUGUACUGGGGGCAACUCACGUCGCCCCUGCAGUUCUUUGCUCGGCUGGGAAAGAGUAUGAGCGACGACUUCAUCGAUGCCGAGCGGCUGCUGGACAUCAUGAAGACGAAACCCACAAUCGAGAACAAGAAGGGAGCGCGGCCGCUCAAGUUUGUCGCCGGAAAAGUCGAGUUCAAAAAUGUCUGCUUCACCUACGACGGCCACAAGGGGACCAUCAAGGGCCUCAACCUGAACAUUGACCCCGGUCAGACGGUGGCCUUUGUUGGCUCAACGGGCGCUGGCAAGUCGACUCUGCUGAAGCUUCUCGACCGCUUCUACGACGUCACCGACGGCAGCAUCUCUAUUGACGGCCAAGAUAUUCGUGACGUCGAUUUGUUCAGCCUUCGGGAACGCAUCGGCGUUGUCCCACAAAACCCCAUUCUCUUUGACGACACCGUCAUGAACAACGUGCGCUAUGGCAGACUAACGGCAAGCGACGAGGAAGUGUUCGAAGCCUGCCAGGCAGCCUGCUUGCAUGAUAAGAUCAAGGGCUUCACGGACGGGUACGAUACACGGGUUGGUGAGCGCGGCGUAAAACUCUCCGGGGGUGAGCUCCAGCGAGUCGCCAUUGCCAGAGCUAUAUUGAAGAGGCCCGAUAUUGUCCUGCUGGACGAGGCGACCAGCGCCGUCGACACCGACACGGAGCAGCAAAUCCAGCUUUCCUUCAAGAGCCUAUGCAAAGGUCGCACAACGUUCAUUAUUGCGCAUCGUCUUUCCACCAUUAUGAAUGCGGAUCAGAUUGUCGUGAUUGAACAUGGCGAGUUGGUCGAAAAAGGCAGCCAUCUCGGACUCCUUGCCAAGCAGGGGCGCUAUGCGGACCUGUGGUCGAAACAAGUCUUCUUGAAGCCUCGUCAAAAGUCCGACACGAUGGAUAUAAUUGACGACAGGGUGGAGGCGGCCGACGACUCGUCUUCCGAGCAGACUGCUGCCGAUCGAUACAAGGGUGGAACCACUGAUAGUGAUAGCGAGGUCUUUUGUACGGAACAGGACCGGGCGCAAGGAGCGGCAGAUACGCCGCAGCAGAGGCAAGAGGGGUCCAAGCUGAACCCUAUUGCUCCUGAAUUCACGCCUCGGGCCCUGGCAGCAUCGAACUCUGAGUCCGAGGAGAAGUCCACCCGCGAACAAGCCGCGGACGCCUCGAUAGAGGAGGUCUCGGGCAUGGCCUCCGAACCCUCUCCCGGCCACUUAGGCUUGAGCGAGGUGUCGAGUACGAGGGCGGAAGUGGAAACGGAACUGACAACCCCGCUUGACGAUGCGGAGCCUGCUUCUUCAGCCAAAGCCCCCGCGAGCAAGGACAAGGCAGCGGAUGACCACAAGGAUUCUGCACAAGACGCCUCACCCCCAGCAACGAGGACCGGUCAAGCCGAGGGCACGACGGGCGGGAACCACAACAAUGCCCCUUCUGACGCUUAG